CGUUAGACCUCUUUUUUCUUUUCUUUGUUGAACUUUAUUGAAGACCAUGGAUUUUUAAGGUUCACUAAAUUCCAGCUUUACCUAUAACAUACUUCCAGCUGGUCUUUUGCACAACAGAGUUUCUAUUUAAAGGAUUAAUAUGAAAGUAGACGUGUUUUCUUUUGAUUUUCUUUUUUCUUUUUUAGCAACAACUUUUAUAUCGACUCAGAAUCUUCUCACUCUGAAGAUGUGGAUAUGGAUGUGGAGUCUGAAGAUUCUAAUCAUGAGGUUUGUGAUUCAGUAUUUGAGCAUCAUUGUAAACAUGCUUGUAUGUAUCGGUUGUAAAUUAAUUUUACGUCUCUAUGUCCUUUUAGGAUGAAAAAGAGCUUGGUGAUCUGAUUCUGGAUUUCCAGAACCAAAACAUAAACACAGACAUCACCUUCCCAACGGUUUCCACACACGCACAUUUUAAAAAGUGCUUGUGUGGCUCUUAAAAAGUCCUAUUUUGAUUGGAAAAAGGUGCCAUUGGUUACAUUUGUAGGGGAGAUGGCUGACGAUUAUGGUGGUCCAAGAAGAGAAUUUUUAAGAUUGCUCAUGAUUGAGAUAACAACAUCUCUCUGCAUUUUUGAGGGCCAGCAGGGAAACCUGGUUUUCAAAUACAAUCUGCAGUCCCUGGAGCAGCAGAAGUACUACACUGCUGGGAAGCUCGUGGCUUGGUCCAUUAUUCAUAAUGGACCAGGGCCCAGGUGCCUUCAGAGGGAGCUCUUCCACAUGAUGUGUGGAGAAAGACCAGACCUCACCCAUGUUGAUGUGGACUUGUUGCUGGAUCCAGAACUAAGUGCCAACAUGGAGAAGCUUAAUUCAUGCAGAAGAGCAGAAGCGUUGGCAACAAUGAAAGAAGGAAUCGGUGACUGGAUAGCUGCCUGUGGUGUGCCAGAGGUUUUGUUAGAUUAGACUUAAAUAUUUAUAAUAUAUAAGGUUUAAAGUACAACAUCGGUUAGCAGAUGUAGUAAUUUGCUAAUUAUGACAUCUAAAAUCUCUUUUUUAAGUUCACUAGCUUAUCUUUUUAAUUUAUG